AUGUAUUUUAACUCACAAUCGCAUCAAUCAUUAGGUCUAAAUAGCGGAACUCCACCCGAAAACUUGAUCUCAUUUGGGACACCAGAGUCUAUGGAGAGCAACAAACAGUUGUUGGAGAUCUCCUCCCAAACUAAAAACCUAAAUGACUACUAUAUGGAACACCCGAGACUCGGAGGUAAUCCGUUGGCAAUGUUAACGGCUCAGUGCAACAAACUGGCCUCUAAGACACCCCCGCCUUUGGCCGACGCCGCGGUUGGCAAAGGCUUUCAUCCGUGGAAGAAAGGCAGCGGCGGUGGCGUCGGCGCCAUCGGUACGUCUGGCUCAUCGCCCAACUCAGCGCCGGCAUCGACUCUACCUCAAAGAGUUCCUACCAUUGCUAACAACACUCCGACAACCAGUUUGACGAGUUAUCCCCACCAGCGCUCGGUUGCCGUCACCUCCAACUGUGGCACCACCUCAUACACGAGCGACAACCUCUUCUAUCCGGGCACCGCUGUUACGUCAUGUUCGGAAAGCGGACAAACAGCCUUUCUGGGCAAAAUGCACUCAGACUCCACUCAUUUGGGCUCAAUGUAUCCCAGAGUUGGUGUCAGCGCUCAUCCCUAUGAGAACUGGCCAUUCAAUAUGAAUUCUGGUCAUCCAGCCAUCAAACCAGAGGUUACAUCAGUGAAUACACUCAACUCGUCGUCGUGGUGGGACGUUCACGCGGCUCAGGCGGCCAGCGCUGCCGCCGCCAACAGUUGGCUCGACAUGUCGGGCGCCACACCUCUUCACUCACAACUGCAGACCAAUUACGCCGGUUCUGCCGACUAUGGACUCGGAUCGUCAUUAGCGGCGGCCACCACUCCGGCCCACUUGUUGUCGUCCGGACAGCACUUACUGCAGGACACGUAUAAGAUGUUGCCGUCGGCGCAAUCAGUGGGCGGCUCGCCGUUUGGUCUGUCGCAACCCCCUCUUCCUCAGGUGCCAUCGCCGCGAUCGCAACGGCGUUACACCGGACGCGCCACAUGUGACUGUCCUAACUGUCAAGAGGCCGAACGGUUAGGUCCCGCCGGAGCCCAUCUCCGCAAGAAGAACAUUCAUAGCUGUCAUAUUCCCGGUUGUGGUAAAGUAUACGGCAAGACAUCGCACCUGAAAGCGCACCUUCGCUGGCACACUGGCGAACGACCAUUUGUUUGCAAUUGGCUUUUCUGCGGCAAACGCUUCACCCGAUCCGAUGAACUCCAGAGACAUUUACGAACCCAUACGGGAGAGAAACGGUUCGCGUGUCCCGUCUGUAACAAACGAUUCAUGCGUUCCGACCAUUUGUCUAAACACGUGAAGACACACAAUGGCAACGGAACUGAUGGCAAGAAGGGUAGCAGUAGUGGUAGUUGUAGUGACUCUGAAAACAGCCAAAGCGAACCCUCUGUCAACUCAUCCAGCAAUGGGCCGGCAGUCAACUCACAACCGUUGGGUCCGCCGCAGCAAAACUCUGCUAAUCAUAACCAACACAUGACAGGACACGACUCCCAACAACACGACGGAAAAGUUGCCAAACUAUGGACUUAAAGUCAAUCAACACAAUAGAUUGAAUGCACAUUUAACUCAUCCGAACCGUACAUUCAUUGAACACAUUUUCAAUACUUCUGGACAAUACUCGACCACAAAGAGGAUUAGAUUGUCAUUUGAUGGUCUCAUAUAUAUUGAGACCCAGAUGUAAAUUAUUUGAUUCAUUGACCUAAAGUUUGGUCACUUAUUAAAGCCAUUCUCAAACAAUUGUGUUAUUUUUAAAGCGAAUUAUUGUUUUAAAUCAAUGACCGAAUUGUAAAUAAUAAUCAUUUUAUUGUCGC